GUCCAUGUUCAAAGUUCAUGAGUUUCCCUGAAUGUCAACAAAAGCAAAUUUGAAUCGAUGGUAGUCGCUCAUUGGCAGGAACAGCAAGAUCAAACCACAAAACUGGUCGACAAUAAUGAUCCGCUUUCGGAAAACUGUGAUUGCCGUCGUUUUAAUAGUAGCUGCAACUGCUACUCCUUUAUUUGUAAAUAUUUUAGAGCUGCCAGAGUACUUCUACGGGUUUGCAGCGGGUGUGAUCAAUUUUGAAAGUUCGCACAACGUGUUUAUUCAUGCAUAUAGUUACGCGAGGUAUUUGUUGCAAUGUUUCACUUUGCAGCUCUUUGCCGGGGUAUCUGUUGUUGUUUACGCGUUGAAACGUUUGUGGAGUUUUCUGUUCUCGCCUCUGGACUAUAAAUGCAACCUAGCAGAUGCAGGCUACUUGAAUGGCGGCCUUUCCAAACGGGAAACUGCAAAUCAAGUUCGAAAAAGGCGGAAAAUUGGUGAAAUUCCUCCUGUCUACCCCAACGGAUGGUUCUUUGUGAUCUCCUCCGCGGAGUUGCCGAUCAAAGGAGUUAAAUAUGUGCAAAUUUUAGGCGAACAUUUGGCGGUUUUCCGCGGGGAAGACGGAGUUGCGUAUAUUUUGGAUGCAUAUUGCCCGCAUCUUGGUGCAAAUAUUGCGGUGGGUGGGCAGGUCAAAGGUAGCUGUAUCCAAUGUCCAUUUCAUGGGUGGCGCUUUGAAGGUGACAGUGGGGCGUGUGUGGAAGUACCCUAUAGUAAAGGUGUGCCGGAGUUUGCUAAGACCAAGUCAUGGAAUACAAUUGAGAAGAAUAAUCGGAUUUAUAUAUGGUACCAUGCCGAAGGGGCGGAACCGGACUGGUUCCCAGAAGACCUAGAGGAGGUACAGAAUGGUACUUGGCGAUACUGUGGUCAGACCGUGCAUCAUAUAAACUGUCAUAUUGAGGUGGGUAAUAUUACUGUACUAGAAAGAUCUGGCUUUCAGGAAAGUGAUUUAUAUGGCAGUAAACUUAAAAUAAUAAUGCUAAUAAUUGAAAAAUUUGGUAUGAGGUGUCGACAAAUCACCGAUUUAAAUUGUGUACACCUAAAUCACACAACAAAUUUGAAAAAUCACAAAAAAUGAAGAGAAACACAUUAAACAAAGAAUGCAAAAAAUAUAAACCAAAAAAAAAUAUAAAAAUGACAAAAAAAUCAUGAUUAUACAGUAUAAUCUUGUACACUUUUUCAGAGUCAUUAAUACCCCUGACUCACAAAAUAGGAAAGUACAGCAGAAGUGUAACUUAACUCGCUCACAUCAUCCUACCUAGUACAGCCGGAAGUUUUUAUCAGGUUUUGGUAGGUACAAAGUGCCGGUUGUACUAGCCAGGAUGGCGUGAUUGAUGACGAAUCGCUUGUAAAAACGCGGACAAGUACUUGCUUGAGUGAGACUUCUGGUGUACCUUCCUAUUCUGUGCCUGAAUUUUGGGCAUCCUUGACUUGCAGCCUUCAACGUUUUGUUCUAUUGAGUGAGACACCCAAAAUCCAAAAUCCUGAAGGAAUUGACUCUAUUCAAAGAUGUGAAAGACACAACAUCAUAGAUAUCACUUUGUCACCAACAUCUCAUCUUAUUUCCAGGAUUUGCCUGAAAAUGGUGCAGAUCUCAAUCAUCUAAACAUACUUCACACACCACUCCUCCCAUCUGGCACAAAUUUGAACAAAAUUUUUAGUAGUUUUUGGAAUUUCGGCUACCACGAGUGGAUUGCCUCCUGGACGCCACUCGACGGGGACGAGAAACAUUGUUCUGUACUCUCAAUUGUUCAGAGACUUCAUCUGUUUGGAUAUCAUUUGUCAUUCUUCGACAUCCAAGUCCAAGCCAAACAGGUAACUAAGACAGUUUAACCCAUUGACUGGCAGUACUCCCCUUGAUGAAGUAAAUUGUCAUAUAGACAGAGUAAAAAAAUAAAGUAGGACACAUUGUCACUUAAAGGGUUAACAGGAUGCAUGGUCAGAUAGUCAUGAGGCAGGAUAAGAGUAUUUGUAGAAAGGAACAGAGAAAGUCCCCGACUGCAAAGUCUAUAUGUACAGUCAGCUAGAUUUGUGAUGUGCGACAAACGCCGACAAUGUAUGUACGGUAUCACAAAGCUGACCCUGCAUAAACUAUGCAUUCGGAGACUGGGUAGUAGUAAUAGUUUAAAUGUAUUUUAUUCAACAGAAAUUUAUUACCACUGAUUUUUGGGCUACGCAGGAUUGCAACACUCAUUCUUUGCAUUUUUUUCAUCAGAUUGGACCUGGUAUUGUGUACAUGAGAUGGGAAUCGAAGUAUGGUUCAGGUGCCUUCACUCAUGAGGUGACUCCUGUCGAGCCACUCUUACAAAGAUUAUGUCAAACAAAUUAUGGUAGUUGCCCAAAUAUAAUGGGAAAAGUCAUGUUGUAUGCCGAAGCAGUACAGGUAAGGUUGCGGUACAAAUAUUAGAAUAUACUUAACACACUGCACAUGAGUGGCACACUCUCCCCUUGACAAGUAAAGUUGUCUGGUGUAGACAGAGUAAAAUAGUAAAGUAGGGUGCAUCAGGGACCAAUUUGCCAUCUAAAGGGUUAAACAUUCAUAAUGUACACCAUGAUAAGGUGCGAUAAUUGCAGAACUUCAAUUUUGAGAGACACAAUAGACUUUUCCGGUAAUUACAUCACAGCUACAUUGUUUUCAACUUAGGACCCCCUUAAAUGGAAUGGAUUUCAAUAUUUUUUCUCACUCCAGCUUAACAUGCAAAGAAGCAGAGGAUCCCCCUUCAAAUCAAACUUUUUAAACUUUUCUUUCUGAACCACUAUUUCCACUCUAAUGCUGUUAAAAAGUUUCCCUUUAUAGUGCUGACUAUAUUUAUUCUUAUGCUACUUAGCUUGAACGAGAUGUAAUGGUAUGGAACUACAAGACAUAUCUCUCAAAACCGCUGCUAGUCAAAGAAGACAUAGGAAUAAAGAAACAUAGAAAAUGGUAUUCUCAAUUUUACUCUGAAAACAGUCCCAGACUAACCCUAGCAAAGAAUAAUGGCAUAGAGUGGUGAAGUGUUAAUAUGUUAAUUACUCAAUGGCAUUUAAGCUAGCCUUACCAACAGGACAUGCAUGCAAAUUUUUAAUGAUUUGCAUUACUCAGACCUUUGGAAAUGUAUUUUCUUUAUUGUCGAUUUCAGAUUACUUUUCAACACGCUGUUCCCAAGUUUGUUGUCAACUUGCCAAUUACAUUUCCAAAUUCGGAAGUUGGGCGGGAAAUUCGCAACGAAGUUAGCAAGUUGAUUUCAAAGUUCGAACUUUGAUUGUAAACAUUAAUGUUCAUAGUUGGAGUUGAAAUUACUGUAUAAGGCCCUUAUGCACAUAUUACUGCAGUAAAAUAUUGGUCCAGUGAUCUCCGGGCGCUGAAGACGAAAAAUGCCUUUUUAUUACAUAAAUAUAUAUAAAUGAAAAUUUUACAUUUGUUUACAAUCGAAGUUCGAACUUUGAAAUGAACUUGGAAAUGUAAUUGGCAAGUUGACAACAAACUUGGGAACCACACUUUGAAAAGUAAUAUGAAAUCGACAAUAACCUACGUAGCUAUUUAGAUCCAGGUCAUUAGCAUAGCAUAACCAGUUGACAUGGCUAGCUUGAUGCCACUGGCACAGAAUAGGAAGUUAUACCAGAAGCGUAACUCUAGUCGUUUCCCUUAUUGUUUGACGUCCACGAAAAUUUUUAACUUGCUCACGUCAGGCCACGCCAUCCUGGCUAGUACAACCGGAAGUUUUUAUCAGGAUUUGGUAGGUACAAAGUGCCGGUUGUACUAGCCAGGAUGGCGUGAUUGAUGACGAAUCGCUUGUAAAAACGCGGACAAAUAUUUGCUCGAGUUACGCUUCUGGUAUAACUUCCUAUUCUGUGCCACUGGGUUACAGUAACUGAUACUAACUAAUGUGGUGAUGCCUCGAUAUAAUUACACAACUAAUGCAGAUAAUCAAAUAGUUGUAAUUGACAUUCAUAAUGUGUGUUAAGUCAUUUUGAUCUUAUAUCUAUCAUGAUUUUAUAAAUUAUUAGUGGGGGUGAUGUGAAUACAAAUUAGGUUAUAGUAACACUUUCAGAAGCAUUUUAUUUUGAUAUGUUGUUCAUUGUGUAUGUAAAUUAGGUGAUUUUUUGAAAUUAAUAUGACUGGAAGUCCAACAGUAUUUAUAUUACUGUAAAAAUGUGAGAUAAUAAAUGUGUAUCAGUCUGACUUGAUCCAGUGUUAGCUGUGCAUGGAAUCCAUUUGACUUUAAGAGUAUGUGGUAGCACUCUCCACUUGAC